UGCGGACCCACGCCUCUCCCCCUCCAGGGUCUCGGCGGGCGGGAGAAGAACCGCGAGCCCGCGCAGGCGCACGCCGCUUGCCCUGACCCCUCCCGCCGAGCAGCGGCUCGCACCCGCCGUACCGUUCCGCCCCCCCGCCGCCUUUGCUCUUCCCUGCCCCCGCCUCUGCCUGGGCCGGGGGGGCGAGUCCUGCCUCUACUGCGCGGCCUUCGCCGUGCGUUGAGUGUGACUGGCGCCCCGGGGCCGCACGGCACAGGGCGAGCCGUUGCUCCGCCUCCUCCUCUGUCUACCGUCUCUUCCCCGCUUGUCCCGCAGAACUGCGAGGGACGCGGGGGCAGGAGCGCGACCCUGACGGGCGGCCUGCCUGGAGCCGCUGCCGCCGCCAUGCAGAUCACACUGAAAACGCUGCAGCAGCAGACCUUCCGUAUCGACAUCGACCCUGAGGAGACGGUGAAGGCACUGAAAGAGAAGAUUGAAUCAGAAAGGGGGAAAGAUGCUUUUCCAGUAGCUGGCCAAAAACUAAUUUAUGCAGGUAAAAUCCUUAAUGAUGAUACUGCUCUUAAAGAAUACAAAAUAGAUGAAAAGAACUUUGUGGUGGUUAUGGUGACAAAACCCAAAGCAGCAGCUGGAACAUCUCAGCAGUCAAAUGCCACUACCACUAUUAGCUCUACAACUGCAGCUCCUGCAGCUCCCACACCAGUCACUGCACCAAUCCCUGCUGCUACCCCUCUGCCAGCUCCUACCCCUUCACCGUCAGCACCAGAUGCAGUUACUUAUGAAUCUGCACCUGUGAGUGCUCCUAAAGAAGAGAAGCUAGCAGAAAAACCACCUGAGGUACCAGCUGCUGUCAACCUAUCAUCAACUGACAGUACAACAGGUGAUACAUCUCGAUCAAAUCUUUUUGAGGAUGCUAUAAGUGCACUUGUGACAGGUCAGUCCUAUGAGAAUAUGGUGACUGAGAUCAUGUCAAUGGGCUAUGAACGAGAACAAGUAAUUGCGGCACUGAGAGCCAGCUUCAACAAUCCUGACAGAGCGGUGGAAUACCUUUUAAUGGGUAUACCUGGAGAUAAUCAGGCUGUGGCUGAACCCCCUCAAGCAGCAAGCACUGGUGCCUCUCAGUCUUCAGCAGUGGCAGCAGCAGUAGCAACUAUACCUACAACUACUAGUUCAUUAGGAGGACAUCCACUUGAGUUUUUACGAAAUCAGCCUCAGUUCCAGCAGAUGAGACAAAUUAUUCAGCAAAAUCCUUCUCUGUUACCAGCAUUGCUACAGCAGAUUGGACGGGAAAACCCUCAACUACUGCAGCAAAUAAGCCAACACCAGGAACAUUUUAUUCAUAUGUUGAAUGAGCCAGUUCUCGAGUCCCGCCAAGGUUUAAGUGGCAGUGAUGGUGGUGCCAGCACUGGAGGAGUAGCAGAAGCUGGAAAUGGUCAUAUGAACUACAUUCAAGUAACACCUCAGGAAAAAGAAGCUAUAGAAAGGUUAAAGGCAUUAGGAUUUCCUGAAGGACUUGUGAUACAGGCAUAUUUUGCUUGUGAGAAGAAUGAAAACUUGGCUGCCAACUUUCUUCUACAACAGAACUUUGAUGAAGAUUGAGAGACAUUUUUUUGUUUCACACCUCACACCAGUGCAUUACACUAACUUUGUUCACUGGAUUGUAUGGGAUAUUCGGGCUUAUAUUCAUAAUGCUUGAUGUAUGGUAUAUGGGGAGAGGGGAAGAAGAGAAUAUAGGAAACAAAGCAAAGUAAGCAGCAAAUAUGUCUGCUUUAAAUUAGCAGAUGCAGAAAAUCACACACUAUAAAAUAAUAUACAACCAAAAAUCAGCUUCUGCAGAUAAUUAGUUCGUUCUAUAAACUGUAGGUUAACUUUUUCUAGGUUUUCACUCUUACUGUACUAGUUCCAGAAAUGUAGUGUAAUGUUCAUGUUCCUUUCUCUACUUAGCAUAGGAAGUAGCCUGUGCUACCUAGAUUCUACAAUCUGUAUUUCAUGGCAACACUGAAUAGCAUCUUUGUGAAAUCUAAAAAAUCUGAGCAAAUGUAAACAUGAAUGCCAAAGUAUGAGUAGUUGUUGCUUUUUCAGAUGUGUUCAAGUUGUGCAAGAAGCACAGUGUUUUGUAUAAUGCUGGGUUAAAACAAUGUUGGCGCUUUUUUCCAAAUGAAAACCCAUCUCAGUUAAAAGUGUCUUGAUCAUUAAGAACCCUCCUUUGCCUCCCCGAAAUGAUCUGAGAAGCUAUAUACAUACAGGUAAAAUUAUUAUCCUGUUUACAUCUUUUCUUUUGGGGAAAAAUGAUAGAUAUCUAAUUACUGUUCACUUCAAUGUUAUGUUGCAGUAAAAGUUUUAAAAGCAA